CUUUAAUCAAUUACUUCCCCUUAGAUUCUAACCGGUCUUCCCAUCUUUUACGCGUGGUUGACGAUCCUCGACUCAGCUAUGGAACGAAAAGGCACGAAGAAACUAACCGAAUUCCUUGAAAUACAGGAAGCUCAGCAAGCAAGAUGGGAAAAAGAAAAAGUAUUUGAAGGGGAUGCACUCACUUCAGAUCCUCAAAAAAAAAACAAAUACUUUGUAACGUUUCCAUAUCCUUAUAUGAAUGGAAGACUGCAUCUGGGACAUACAUUUAGUUUGUCAAAAUGCGAGUUUUCAGUUGGUUUUUGGAGAUUGAAAGGAAAACAUUGUCUAUUUCCAUUUGGACUUCACUGUACUGGGAUGCCAAUAAAGGCUUGUGCAGACAAACUGAAGAGAGAAAUAAGGAUGUUUGGUAACCCACCCAACUUUCCAUUGGAAGAGGAAGCUGUUGAAGAAAUUGAAAUCACUUCACCAGCAGCAGUUGACAAAACUAAAGGAAAGAAGAGCAAAUUAAAUGCCAAAAGUGCAGGCAUGAAAUACCAGUGGCAAAUUAUGGCUGCGAUGGGAUUAAACGACAAAGAGAUUGUGAAAUUUACCGAUUCUGCUUAUUGGCUCCGCUAUUUCCCUCCAUUAGCUAUUCACGAUUUGAAGAGAAUGGGACUAAAAGUUGAUUGGCGUCGAUCGUUCAUCACAACGGAUGCAAACCCAUAUUAUGAUUCAUUUGUUCGAUGGCAUUUUCUGAAACUGAAUGAGCAUGACAAAGUGAAAUUCGGGAAACGGUACACAAUUUUUUCUCCAUUAGACGAUCAACCAUGCAUGGAUCAUGACAGAAGUAGUGGUGAGGGUGUUGGUCCACAGGAAUAUACCCUAAUUAAAAUGGGUCUAAUGGAACCUUUUCCUGCCAAAUUAAGUCCUCUGAAAGGAAGAAAGGUGUUUUUAGUGGCAGCCACAUUGCGACCAGAGACUAUGUAUGGUCAAACAAACUGCUGGAUUCACCCAACCAUGACAUACAUUGCAUUUGAAAGUUGCCAUAAAGAAGUGUUUGUCAGUACUCGUCGAGCUGCCAGGAACAUGAGUUAUCAGGGUAUAACCCAUGGAAACGCACAAAUAAACACUCUUCUGGAAUUUGUUGGACAGGAUAUACUUGGUGUAAAACUACAUGCACCUCUCACCAGUUACCAGUGUAUCUAUACUUUACCGAUGAUGACUAUCAAAGAAGAUAAAGGAACUGGAGUUGUGACAAGUGUGCCAUCAGAUUCACCAGACGACUUUGUAGCCCUUCGAGAUUUAAAAAAUAAACAGCAAUUUAGAGAGAAAUUUGGAAUUCAAGACCACAUGGUGUUGGACUUUGAACCUAUUUCCAUUAUAACCAUUCCUGGUGACAGCAGCUUCAGUGUGGAAGAAGUUUGCAAACAAAUGAAAAUACAGAGCCAGAAUGAUAAAGAAAAACUGAAUGAUGCAAGAGAAGUGAUUUACAAAAAGGGUUUCUAUGAAGGGGUUCUGAAAGUUGGUGAAUACAAAGGCAAAAGAGUUCAAGAUGUGAAAAAGAUCGUUCAGCAAGACAUGAUCAAAAAGAACGAAGCUGUUCUCUACAUGGAACCUGAGAAGAAAGUUGUCUCCCGCUCUGGUGAUGAAUGUGUAGUUGCACUUUGUGAUCAAUGGUAUUUGGACUAUGGAGAAUCUACUUGGAAGGAACAAGUCAAAAAGUCUUUAGAUAAUGUUGAAACUUAUCAUCCUGAAGUACGCCAAAAUUUUCUUGCAACACUUGAUUGGCUGCGGGAACAUGCAUGUUCCAGAUCCUAUGGAUUAGGAACAAAACUACCAUGGGAUCAGAAGUACUUAAUUGAAUCCUUAUCUGAUUCAACAAUCUACAUGGCUUAUUACACAGUAGCUUAUUUCCUGCAAGGAGGAACAUGGGAUGGAACAGCUGCAGGCCCGGCCAAUAUCAAGCCAGAACAGCUGACUCCUGAAGUUUGGGAUUAUAUUUUCUUCAAAAAUAGUCCAUUUCCCAAGACAGAUAUUCCUAAAGCUACUCUUGAUAAACUGAAAAAUGAAUUUGAAUAUUGGUAUCCUGUAGAUUUGCGUGUCUCUGGAAAAGAUCUGGUGCCCAACCACCUUACCUAUUAUUUAUACAAUCAUUGUGCUAUCUGGAAAGAUGAUAGUUCAAAAUGGCCCCAAAGUAUUCGAGCAAAUGGACAUUUGCUUUUGAAUUCAGAGAAAAUGUCCAAGUCGUCAGGAAAUUUCCUUACUCUUUCUGAAGCUCUUGAAAAGUAUUCUGCUGAUGGUAUGAGAAUGGCUUUGGCUGAUUCUGGUGAUUUCAUUGAAGACGCCAAUUUUGUUGAGAAAAUUGCCGAUAGUGGUUUGUUGAGGCUCCAUUCCUACUUAGAAUGGGUCAAAGAAAUGGUUCCUCUCCUAAACAGCAUGAGAAAUGGUCCUUAUAAUUUUAAUGAUAAAGUUUUCAUAAAUGAAAUGAAUAAGAAACUCCAAGAAACAGAGAGCAGCUUUGAAAAGAUGUUAUAUAAAGAAGCAUUGAAAACAGGAUUUUAUGAAUAUCAGGCAUUAAGAGACAACUACCGUGAAAUGGCAAUGGAUGGUAUACAUCAAAGUCUUGUAAAACGGUUCAUCGAAACUCAAACUUUAAUCUUAUCUCCAAUUUGCCCUCAUCUUUGUGACCACAUUUGGCAAAUUCUGGGUCAUACUACAAGUAUCAUGAAUGCUAGCUGGCCAACUUCAGAUGUUGUCGAUGAGUCUCUGUCCCUCUCUGCAGAAUAUCUAAUUGAAGCUGUUCACAGUUUCCGUCUGAGGAAGAAAGGAAUAUUGCUAAACAAAUAUACAAAAGACAUGGUAAUCAAUGCUGGAAAUAUAUAUAUUGCUAAGAACUAUGCAAUGUGGCAAAAUACGGUGCUGCAGACUUUGAAGCAGCUCUAUGAGGACAAUAAUAACCAGUUUCCUGAAAAUAAAAUAGUUGCUCAAGAAGUGGGUAAAAACAAGGAAUUGAAGCCAUUUUCAAAGAAAGUGAUGCCUUUUGUGCAAGUUAUUAAGAAAAACUUUGAGCAACACGGGUUGAAAGCUCUCAAUUUGACACUGCCAUUUGACGAGAAACUGGUUCUGGAAAUAAAUGCAUCCUACAUUUUGAAUACACUUCAGCUUAAAGAACUAAAGAUUCGUUUUGCCCACGAUUCAAAUGAUAAAAAGAUAAUCGAAACCUGCUGUCCUGGUAAACCAAUCAUUUCACUCUACACGAGGGAACCCUCCAUCCGUAUGAUAAAUAACCAACCCAUGAAAACAGCCCUUGAGUUUGAUCUGCCCAUAAAGAAAGGCUAUAAAACAAAGGACCUGAUUGAUGGAAUCUGCAAAGAAUUUGGACUAAAUGACAAUUCAGUAAAACUUUGGGAGUUCAUCAAUCCAGACAUUGGAACCAGAACAUGGAAAGGCUGCAAAGAUGUUGUUCCUGUUGCUAUGGAUCAAAAGUUUAUCAUCAAUGAAGACAAAUUUGAAGUGUUGAUGGAAAAUGGAAGCAAUCUUCCAAAACUUGUCAAGGAACUAGUAUAUACUGUUGGUUAAAAAUUUUGAUUCUUCAUGAAUAUCAACCAAACAGAAAAUAUUGAUUGUUUGUGAAAUAAAAUUGUUUCCUUUGAUUAUAAUAAAUAAAUAUAUAUAUAUA